AUGUCUGAGAAAAAUAAACUUGGACUACAUUUGCACAAGUUGCUUAUGUUACUGUCCAAACGAGUCUUCCACUAUGAGGACGAUAAAAGAGGGUGGAUAAAGCGGAGAAUUGUACAAAGAAUAGGAAGCUGCUGGAGGAAUUCAAGAAAUCAUUUGUUCUAUAAGGUUUAUGACGAAGAACUAACUUUUGAGGAAAACAUCAGGCGUAAGCCAGCAGGAAUAGAGGAAAAGUGUAAAAUAAAUGCCGUUAAUCGUUCAAAGCAACAAUACACACACAUCGGAGGUUCUAAAACGAUGGCAAGAAAGAGACACGAAGAAGAGCAACGACAGGGAAGGCCUAUUGGGAGAGGAGAGGGAUGGACCAUGAGUCAUAAAAAAAAGAAUGGAAAUUAUAUGAAUGAAGAAGCGCGUUUGGUUGGGGAAGCAUUUGAACUUAUUGAGACCCAAGACCCCUCUAGCAAGGAAUUUUCACAAAAUGAUUCCCUUGCACAAGUGCUUAGCAAGGAGCACCCAGGAAGAGUUCAUGGACUCGGUAUUGGUACAUGUCCGAGUCAGUGUUUUCAUAACAUUCCAGAGCAGUCGGACUACGGUGUACAGAUUGAGGAGUAUCAGAUGGAGAUUGUGAAACUCAAGGCGGAGGCAGCAAAACUCAAGGCAGAGGCAGCAUAA